UAUUUUGUUUACAGAAUGCAAAUAAUAGAUUUAGACGAUAGAAGAAAACGCACGCGCGGAUAUUGACGAACAUCGAUAUUGGAACACCGUGUCGUCUGUUUCCUCGAAGUAACGCAGAUAUGCACUUCGUGGCACAUGUGUGUAUAUACGUAUAUGCAAACGCCUCGAUUUGCGCCACGUGUCCACGUGCAGAAGUCGCGUGCGGACCGGAAGCCGGAUACUUUGGCCCUACUCACGGUUCGUAAUACAGAACGAUAUAUAAUCGAUACAUCAAGAAUGAACAGCAAGGAUUCACACGGGACUGGAAAAGAGCAGUUUCCGGCUCCUUUCUUCUCGCAUAUCCGCUUGGCCUGAACGACGAGAAGAUCGCUUCCUCCACCUCUCAGUCUCCUUGACCAAGUGCAACGCAGAAUCCGGCCGGCGGUCGCACAAUCAAGGACCCACGCUCGCACGCACGCACGCACGCUCUCGCACACGAGUCGCCGCGAACGUUCCCACGAAAGUCGCCCCUCCCGAUUUUCGUUCCCCCUUCGACGAUGAUGUGCGUACUCUCGCUCCCUCCCAUGCGCCGGGGUUUUGCUCUUUACCUCGACGAGCCGCACGGGGCCCCUCCGGUGCCCCACUCUCAUCCCGAGGGCGCACACCUCCGAUCAUCCCCACCAGGAUCGCGGGAUACACCACGCGGUCGUGUGUCGUCCCUGCGUCCUCCCGCACACGACAUACGUCCGCCGCCACGCGACCAGUGCACACGCACAUCCUGCAGCAACUGCAGCAGCCGAGAGUGCGUCCAGCGCGCGACUUCUUCUUCCACGCAUGCACGUACGCACGCGACCGCGAGCGACGUCGCGGGUAGCCGCAGCACGUGAGCGCUGAUAAACUCCACCGUCGUCGCGAGACAAGUGCCAGGACCGAUUGCUCCUUUCGCGGUCACCGUUCCAGCCCUGACCUUCCUCAAGAUCUCGCGAAACGUUCGUCGACACUCAACGUAGAAACGUUGCAACAAUUUUCGAAAUUCACGAAGAAAUUAUCUUGAGAAUUCGGCGACAACAAUACGGCAAUCUUCUCCAGGAUUCGCAAGUUUAGUGGAAAUUAGAUCCUUAAAGAAAUUAUCUCAUCAGCAGCAAAGGCCCUUCGAUCUUCUUCAGAUUUUCCGGAAGAGAUUCUGCAAAUAUUCGAAUUCAUCUUUCAAACAUAGACGUUGAAAGCUAUGUGAUCUUUUAUUGUGUUUGACAUUUUAUCUCGAUUAAUACUGCAGAUUUAUUCAUAUAUAAACAGUGACUGUGUAUAAAUCAUUCUCGUCAAUCGCUAUGGCAUCUCAUAUCGUUGUGGAAUCGGUAUCUCGCAGCAUCCGGCGGUAGCGCGAUCGAUUUGAAUAUUUCUUCGAUUCGCAAGAAGUUUGCGCCGUCCGAUAGAUCCUCCUCCGUUCUCCUCUGACAGCGUAACAUGUGGCGAGUGGUGGUCGCGCGUUCCGACGACAACAGCACCCUGUUGUCCUCCGAGAUUACUUCCGGCGCAGUCGCGCCCGGUCACCUGUCAACGCUACCGGCGCCGCCGUCGGGUCAUCAUUGGGGUUAUCCGCCGCCGCCGCAUCAUCCACCUUAUCAGCCGCCGCAACAUCCGGAUAUGCGUCAUCAUCAUGAUAUGCGGCCGCCCGGGCCUCACGAGUUGCGACACGCUGCCACGAUACCAGGCGACCUGAGGAACCAGGAGCUACGGCACGAGAUGCAGCGGCCGGAUCUUCGACAUCCGGAGAUACAGAGGCAUCAGGAAUUAUCCAGACACGACAUUGUCAGGCAUCAGGACGUCCGACAUCAGGAUAUGUCAAGCAUGCGAUCGGAUAUGACGGAGAUGCGAUCUAAUCACGAGUUUUUGGAAUUAAAAAUUGAUACGGAGUUAAGAAGUCAAGACACUAGUCAACAGCAACAGCAGCAGCAGCAACAACAGCAACCGCAACAAAAUCAAGGACAUCAACAAAGAAAUCUGAAGAGGACCAUGAGCGAUUCCGAUUGCGACGACGUGUUUUCGGAGGAGAGCGGCAAGGAACCAUGCAACUCGCCCGGAGGAGACUCCUGUCAGCACGCGUCGCGGAAACGCAGGAGGGGGAUGAUCGAGAAAAAGCGUCGCGACAGGAUCAACGCGUCCCUCGGCGAGCUGAGGAGAUUGGUACCGGCAGCCGCCAGGGAUCCUCACAGCGGAAAGCUGGAGAAAGCGGAGAUCCUGCAGCUCACUGUCGAGCAUUUGCGCACGCUUCGCAAUAAGGGACCGGAGGGCUAUGACAGCACGAAGCUAGCUAUGGAUUAUCACGCGGUAGGCUGGGGAGAGUGUGCCGCCGAAGUGGGCCGAUACCUGGUGACUAUGGAGGGUCUGGAUGAGAGAGAUCCGCUUCGGCUACGGCUACUGUCGCAUCUGCAGAGCUUCCACCGGGAACAUCCGCCGUCAGCCGUGCCCUCGGCAGUGCCCGCUGCGUCUACGACGUUGACGUCUACCUCGACUGCCAGCAGCUACGAGCCGCCAAGCACGGUCUCCGCCGGGAUGCCGCCCGGUCCGGGGACCAUGCCGCCGCUUCUAGGCGGCUGGAGCCAAUACCCGGGUCAGUAUCCCCAGCAACAGCACGGGAAACCCUAUCGACCCUGGGGCGCGGAACUGGCAUACUGACCUUGAACCCCCGAUGCGCAAUCGACGGCCAUGGUCGCGGUCGUUUGGUGCAAGAGCCAACAACAAGAACAUUCUAAUGCGAGAUUGUAGAAUUCACUUUCCCUUUGCAGAAUUUGAUGUAUAAGAACGAUAUAAUGCAUAAGUGCGUAACUGGAUUUUAUGUUACAAAUAUUUUCGUAAAUAUUUUACGAAACAAAUCAAUGUGAAGGGCAAAUUUCGUGUAUAUACGUAUUAUAUAUUUUUUGUACAAUAUUUUAAUACUUUAUUAUUAACAUAUCUCAGGAAUGUUCAACGACCAAAACUGUAUAUCAGUGCAUUUUCAAUGAGUGAGACAAUGAUAGUCAUGUGUGAAUACCUAACUUAAAAAGAUAUUUAUUAAUAGAAAAAAUUUGUAUAUAGAUUGUACAUACAUACGCUUAAAUGUAAAUAAUAAGACGUAUUCGUAAUUUUAUCUCGUAAUCGACUACCGGUUUGCGUAUCGACUUAGUAUAUUUGCUUCAUUGACGCUUUCGAGUGAUAAGCGAUUGCGUGAGCGUGUAAAGUCCAGCGUGAAUAAAAAAAGAAAAAGAAGCGAAGGGGAGAGAGAGAAACAGUUGUCAUACGCAUGCCGGAACGUGCCAUUUACGCAUUUUAAUGUUUACGUGUGAGAGAGGUCCAAGUAUUUUUGCAAUACGAUUUUGUAAUAAAGCGAUAACACUCGAAGAUACAAAUAGAAUCUCAUCGCAUGUGAUUCCUCUCCUUUGUACUUUCCCCCAAGAGAGUCCAAUCGAUAUUACAUUUUCGAGAUAUACAGCCAUUAAUCGGCAUUCACGCGAAACUGAAGCGGAUCAGAUAAGAAUGUCCUACAUUCUCGUCGGAUAACUGACACUGAGGUAGUUCCUGGGAACGUAUAUAAUAUAAAUCGAGACUCGUAAAUACAAUCUGAUCGAUCAUUUACGAAUUUAGAUACCUGACAUAUCAAAACAUUAUCAAUGUUUACACGACCCUAUGGCGCGCAACUGUACGUACCUGUUAUGAAACUAUUUACGGUCGGAAAUACUCUUUUUUUUUCAAUGAGAUCGGUCACUGUCGCUUAUUAUGCGACAAAAUAAACACGGAUUCUUCUGGAAAGAAAUUUAAGUUUAGUAGAGCAUUGAUUUUUGGUAUUUAAAUAGACUCUUGUUAAAAAUUGUAUUCUCUGUGGGUGCUUCCGAGACAUUUAACAAUCUUUAAGAGAAAUUCAUCAUUUUUAUUUCUAAUUAUAUUUUAAAAAAAGAACUUUUUUCUCGCUCAAAGUUUUUUUCAGCUAUAAUAGCUACCAGAAAAUAAUCCUACGUUGCAGAUAUUUGUCGAUAGUGAAACGUUGACAGUCAAAUCAUCUCAUUGUACACUGCGUCUUUUGUGCAAAUUUUACGCACCCGAAGGCUUUCAAGAGAGAACCGACGCAAAUUUGCGGACGAAAGAAUUUACAGCAUUCGGGGAGGAGGACGCGCAUCGUUUUUCUUCCUUUCUCAUGCAAAAUUCCCUUCGCAGACGCGGAAUAUUCCCGACUACGAAGAACAAUGAGACUUACGACCCUCCCGCUCGCGUUAUGUCCG